AUGGCUACAUCUCAUCCCGAGUAUAACGAGAAGACUUCGGCGACAGAUGUCGCCAGUGCAUUUGCCAGUCAAAUUCACAACAAGAUUGUGGUAAUUACCGGAGUUGGCCCCAAUAGCCUGGGCGAAGCUCUUGCCCUGGCAAUAGGAGGCCAGAAGCCCUCAAAAUUGAUCUUAGCAUCACGCACGGAAGCCAAACUCCUCGAAGUUGCCGAGAAGGUCCAAAAACUCUCGCCUAAUGUUUCAGUUGAAGCUGUGGUAUUGAACCUGGCUUCUCAGAAAUCCGUUCAUACAGCUGCGUCAAAGAUCCAGAGCCUAGUCGACCGAGUCGACACCCUGAUUAACAAUGCGGGCAUGAUGGUCCUAGACCGACAAACCACAGAGGAAGGGAUCGAAGUCCAGUUUGGAACGAAUCAUAUUGGUCAUUUUCUAUUUACCAAUCUGCUCAUGCCGCAGUUGAAAAAUGCCGCCAAAGUCUCUGGGCCGGGUUUGACUCGCAUUAUCAACGUUACUAGUGCUGGACAUCGUCUGUCUCCAAUUCGCUUCCAUGACUAUAACUUUGAAGGGAAGAAAGUUCCCAUUGAAGAGAGACCGCCCGAGGGACUGCCUCCCAUGUUCAGCCCUUCGGCCGAAGGAUAUAACGGAUGGCUGGCGUACGGACAGUCCAAAGCGGCCAAUAUAUUGUUCACGGUGUACUUGUCUCAACACUUGGCAAAUUCUGGAAUAGUCUCGUAUAGUGUUCAUCCCGGAUCAAUCUGGACUGGGUUGAGCCGGGAUCUUGACGAUGCCGGAUACGAGACUAUAUCGAAAACGAGCAACGUUUGGAAGAAUGCCGACCAGGGUGCAGCGACUAUGCUUGUGGCGGCUUAUGACCCUGCACUGGCUGCUGUAUCCGAUCCAUCAGCCAUAUAUUUAAGCGAUUGUCAGUUCGCAAAGACUGCACCGCAUGCGGUCAAUGCGGAUUCCGCUGAACGGCUAUUCCGUCUCAGCGAGGAACUAGUUGGAAUCAAGUUUGCGCUGUAA